AUGCAGCAGGAGUGGGAGGAGUUUGUGCAAGAGUUCUAUACAGCAUAUAGCAGACUGGCUGACGAACAGUCUCUGAGUUCCUCAGAGGAACGAGAGCUGUUUCUAGACGAAUGCUUUGGCAUGUACUGCAGGAUAAUGGAGGAGCAGCUGCUGGAAUCAAUAAGGGCUAAGGCGGGCGCACCCCUCGCCACCACGCCCCCAGCCUCCAACACUGUGGAGGCGCCGCACCGGAAGGGGAAGCGACGUCAGCGUCGUCGUGGCUGGCCCUCUCCUGCCCCCAGCAGCUCUUCCUCCAGCAGCGGGGAGGCUCCGCGUCGCAGGUGGAGGCCGAGUCGGCGGUGCCGCAGGAGGAAGCUGCGCGUGCGUCAUCGCGGUCGGCCCACUGCCGCCCCCAGCAGCUCCUCGUCCACCUCCGGCAGCAGCGAGGAGUUGCGGCGCGAGAGGCGGAGGCCCAGCCGCCGGUGUCGCGCCUGCGUCCGCACCAGGGGGGCCGCGCAGCUGUCGGGAACACACGGGGGCGGUCUGCGCCGAACGAGAGCUGUUUCUAGACGAAUGCUUUGGCAUGUACUGCAGGAUAAUGGAGGAGCAGCUGCUGGAAUCAAUAAGGGCUACGGCGGGCGCACCCCUCGCCACCACGCCCCCAGCCUGCAACACUUUGGAGGCGCCGCAGCGGAAGGGGAAGCGACGUCAGCGUCGUCGUGGCUGGCCCUCUCCUGCCCCCAGCAGCUCUUCCUCCAGCAGCGUGGAGGGUCCGCGCCGGAGGUGGAGGCCGAGUCGGCGGUGCCGCAGGAGGAAGCUGCGCGUGCGUCAUCGCGGCCGGCCCACUGCCGCCCCCAGCAGCUCCUCGUCCGCCUCCGGCAGCAGCGAGGAGUUGCGGCGCGAGAGGCGGAGGCCCAGUCGCCAGCGUCGCGCCUGCGUCCGCACCAGGGGGGCCGCGCAGCUGUCGGGAAUACACGGGGGCGCUCUGCGCCGUAG